GUUUCACUCACUGACCACUGACCUUGAUGAGGUCAUCAUGGCAGUAGACAGGAUUAAACUCCAUCUAGUGUUUGGUGACAUCACUGAUGAGAUGACUGAUGCCAUCGUGAACACCACAGACUUUAAUGACUUUCAGACAAACGGAGCCUGUAAGGACAUUCUCACUAAAGCAGGUCCUUCCGUCCAAAGUUUGCUGAAAGGAGCUUCGGUAGCAUGGAGGCAAAUCUUUACAACCCCACCAGGAGGCUUACCAUGUAAGAUCAUCAUGCAUGUUUGUGGAGAGAGAAGCCCCAGCGUCAUCAAGACCUUAGCAAAAGAAAUAGUGGUACAGUGUGAGCAUGGCCGCUACCAGUCUGUGGCUAUUCCUGCUAUCUGUGCUGGACAAGGAGGUUUGGAUCCAAAAGUAGUGGCCAAGUCCAUUCUAGAGGGAGUGAAGGAGGGUGUUCAAGGAGCGAAUCUUCAAUAUCUCAAAAAUAUACGCAUCAUUCUGCUGAAGAUUAAUGUUUUCCUGGCAUUCAAAACAGUGGCACGGCAAGUCUUUGGUGCCAGCACACAGAUGACAGCUCCUGCACCAUUACAUUUGUCCAGAUCACAAGCACCUUCUUCACCAGUCUGUUAUGACUUGAGUUCUCUAUUGGCAUCUUUGCCGGUAACAGAGGACAAGGCAGCAUUCCUGGUGAUUGGUGACCGUGAUAAAGAUGUGUUUGAUGCCUGUACAGAGCUUCAGCGGGCGUACGACAGUCAGUGUUUAAAAGAGUCUUUCUACUCUGAUGAGAUGGAGCGUCUAACUAAAGAUGAGUUGAACCAGCUGCGCACUAAAGUCCAUUCACUGCACCUUCAGCUAGAAAUCAACAGCUCUGGAAAGUGGGUGGCAAAAGGGCUGAAAGAUGGUGUGAAUGAGGUGGCGAGACUGAUGCGAGAUGCACUUCGCAGACAGGUGAGAAAACAAACAGUCAAAUUUAAUCACCACUCAUAA